AUGAAGGAAAAAAAAAGAUGGUCAAGAAUCGCACGAAAAUUACCGGGCCGCACUGAUAACGAGAUCAAGAACUACUGGAGGAGCCACAUGAGAAAAAUGGGUCAACAAAAAAAGAAGGCCCAAUCAUCCAACUCAUCAUCCUCAGACAGCGCGGACGUCAAACGGGCUUCCAAUGGGCCCAGUUUGGGUUUGGGCUUGGGACUUGAAGAAAGCGUGGAUGGUUACUCUAUGGAAGAAAUAUGGAAAGACAUCGAGUUGUCCGAGGGGAGCAGCACGCUGAGUGGUGGUGCCACGUGGGAUUUUUGUGGGGCCGAGUCUUUGUGGUCCGUUGAUGAUGAGGACCACAGCCGGAUGCUGAUGCAGCAAAUGGAUAAGAACAGAAACAAGGAGGAUAAUUUGAAAAUAGCCAGAUCGAAGAGGAUAAUUGAGCUAAACAGCAGGAAGAAAACAAAUCCUAAGAAGGAACUGGAACUCCAAAGGGAGAAGAAACCCUAA